UAUACUUCUUCACAACCGGUAACAUUAUCGCUGACUUUGCAGUUCUUCAACAGUCUUUUCCAGUUGUUCUCACACAUAACUGGACAUGCGCAAUUUUUUAUUUUAACCUGAAGAUAUUUAAUUUUUUUUUCUUACUUUUUAUUAUUUAAUAUUUAAUAAUAUCAAUUAAUCAUGAUCGAUUACGGUUUAUUUGUUUUUAAUGAAAAAAUAUAAUAUUGAACGUGUUGAAAAUAAAUCUUUGUUAAAUAAAAAUUUUAAUAAACGUAACAUUAAAAUGAAUUUCAUAACACCUAAAUCUGUUGGAAAACAUGAAGCAACGAUGGAAAAAGUUAAAACUUUGGAACCUUUAAAAAUAGGCUCUGCAGAUUUUGUACUAGAACCUGAUCCUCUUAGCAGUGAAAUGGCUGAAAAGGCUAAAAAUGAGUUGAAUGAAACCGUUAAUGUUGUCCAAAAAGGACUUGCAGAUAUGAGAGAAUUAUUAAAAGGUGAACCCGAACUUCAUGUUCCAGAUGAUGAUUAUUUCUUUGCGAAAUUUUUAAGACCAUGUAAAUGGGUUGCAAAACCUGCAUUUGAACUGAUGAAACGCUUUUAUCGUUUCCGACUAACACAUCCUCGUUAUUGUGAUAAUUUAACACCGAUUACCGAUCGUGAAAUAUUUUUAUCAGGGUUAAUAACACCACUUCCCGUUCGUAGUAAAGAUGGUGGUAGAUUAGUAUUAAUCGAAGGUGGUUCUAAAUGGAAACCGAAAGAAAUUUCACUCGAUCAAGUUUUUCGAGGAGUUAUGUUGCUUCUUGAUGCUGCGAUUGUUGAACCUACAACUCAGGUUGGUGGAGUUCGUGUCAUUUUAGACAUGGGCGGAUUAUCUUUGACUCACGUAACAUACUUUACACCAAGCUUUGCUAGUGCAGUACUUGAGUGGGUCCAAAAAUGUCUUCCUGUCCGUUUAAAAGGUGUACAUAUAGUAAAUCAACCUUUUAUUUUCAACAUGGUUUUUGCUAUUUUCAAGCCUUUUAUUAUGGAAAAAUUGCGUAAAAGAAUCUAUUUUCAUGGCACAGACAGAGAAUCAUUGUUUAAACUGAUAGAUCGAAACGCUUUACCAACGCAAUAUGGAGGAGAUUUAAAAAUACCCUCAGAGCCAAUUGGUGAGGCUGUUUGGGAAUAUUUUUAUCAUUUUCAAAAAGAAUUUGAAGAUGCUGCUAAACUUGGUUAUUCACAGAAAAAGUAAUAUUGUUGUAAAAUCAGUCAAUUUUUAAAAUUAAUUCUCAUACCAACAAUUUUUAACGCCCCGGGUCAAAAAUAAAACUUGAUUUUGACUUGGUUUACCAGGUCGAAAUUUGGAGCCGUUUUUCACAAGACAAACUCGACUUUUUUUUUACGGAAAUAUGAAAUACAUUGAAUUUUCACCUUGGUUUAGACUUAACUUAAAGCCAGUUAAGGCUUACUUAGUCACAAUUUAAGAUGAAAAAGUUGAAAUCAAGUCGAAAUUGACUUGGUUUAGACUUAUUCAACUUAAAUUAUAAAGCGAAAAAGUCAAAACUAAGGUAAAAUAAUGUUUAUAUAUUAAGGUAAAAGUAAGGCGAAUAAAUAACUUUUUUUCGACUUGGUUCAGCAAGUCAAAAGUAAGGUGAAGGACUAUCGUGCUCGAAGUAAAGACAAAUAAGUUCAAACUAAGAUCAAAAAAUAAAAAUAAGUUGAAAUAAGUUGAUACCUAGAUGAAAAAAGUUCAAAAAGUUGAACAAAAUUUAAUUUAAGUCGAAAAAGUCGAGAUGUUAUCGAAAAAUCGUCAGCAAAUCGAUAACUUCAAGAGAAAAUAAGGUGAAGUGAGCCUGAAUCAAGUUUUAUUUUUAUCGGGGCCUUUACAUGCACACUAGAGAUAAUAAGAGAUUUCAAAAUUUCACUUGAUCUCAAACAUCCAUUAAGGGUUUCAUAUUUAAGGAAUCAUCUCUUUAUAGUCUUAUGGUCAUGUCUUUCGGAAAUCAUGAACAAAUAUACUUAAUAAUAAUAAAAUUUGUUGGCUCAAAAUUUCAACAUAGAUUCUUAAGUUAUCGUAAAAUGAAGAAAGGAACUUAAAAUUAUUGACUUAUAAAAAACUUUCAAACAUAGGGUAUACUCUUCAAAUCAGAAAAUCAUUGUAAAUAGACUAUAUACCCAGGAAAAAAUGAUCAGACCUGACCAUGCCUGUUCAUGUAUGAUCAGGCCUGAAAUCAGACAUGAUCAGGCCUGAUCAUACCUAUCCAUGCCUGUUCAUGUCUGAUCAUACCUGAUAUAUGGGGUUAAAUUUAAAAUCUUGGUUAUAAUUAAAUAUAACUACCUUAGUUAUAUUUUCAUAUAGCUAACGUAGUUAUAAUUAUAUAUAACUUAUAUAGAAUUUCAUAUAACUAUUAAUCAAUAAUUAAUAAAUUUGAUAUAAAAUUUUGUUGACUAAAAAUCUAUCAUGUAUAAGAUAUAAAAUUUUGUUGAUCAAGAAUCUACCACGUAUAAGAUUGAUAUUACUUAAAGUUCAUAUGAAACUAUCUUUUCAAGUCAAUUUCUUAGAUUAACGGGUAGCGGGUUAAAUUUCCGAGCGCAAGGUCCACAGUUCGAAUCCUGCACACCUCCAAUUUUUUUUUUUAUUUUCAUACAAAUAAUUAUGUAUAAUUGUAUAAUAUUGUUAUCCAUAAUUAUAUAUAAUUAUCUAGGGCCAUUUUUUAUCUAUAAUUUUUUUGCCCGGAUGGGCCUGAACAAACAUAACAUACAUGAUCAGACCUGAACAUGCCUGGUCAGACAUGGUCAUUUUUCAUGCCUGUUUAUGUCUGAUCAGGUCUGAUAAUUUUUUCCCGGGUAUAUAUAAAUAUACUUAAAAAAAUCGGGAGUAAUGUCGGAGUGAAUAUGAAUUUUUUAAAUCUACAUUUAUUGUUUCAUUCGGAGUUUCAGAGUUAAAAAAAAUAAUUACUCGGCGUAUAAAGUAGAUAAUUAAGGAGUUUUUUAGCGGAGUGAGAUCGGAAUGCUGUGAAUUUUAUUUUAGUCCGUGUCCGCUCCAGUCCGAAGUUUUAUUCAAAAUAAACUCCUCUUAAAUUUCACUCCGAUGGGAUUAAUUAAAUAGAAAAUUAUUUGUUCUGCAUUCUCUCUGAAACCACUCCAAAUUUAAUUUGCGUUUAUUUUGCAAUUUUUUUCAUGGUGUAAUAUAGAGUUCAUAGUACUAUUAACAAUGUUACAGACGAGGGUUGUCAAAAAAAAAAAAACACCACAAAUUAUGUAAUAAAUUUUUAUUUAAUAAAUUUAAAAUUUUUUGAGCAAAUUUUUUUUAAAUUUAAGUAAACAUAGCACACACAACCACUCAUAUAUAUCAGUGUAUAACGGACGCUGAGAAAAAAUUGUAAUCUCUCAUUACAUUUCACAUAUAAUUUUAGGAUAGGUAAUUACUACUAAUAUACUAAAAUCUUUAAAAAUCGAAUUGUUAUUAAAAUUGCUGUCAAAAUAUAUGAUAAAAAAUGCAAAAUAGUACAAUAUUUUCUCAAGAUUGAUUUAACUGACUUAGUUAAAAGUUUAAAGUGACUUUACUGUUCAUAAAGGCUUAAAAAACUUAUAAGCUAUUUAACUCAAUUCGAUCCCUUAAAAUAGAAUCAUCAUAAAAUAAAUAAUUUUGUUUAAUUGGAUACCAGUCAAACAAAAUUAUGAAAACAUAAUUUUUAAAAGACUACACACCCAUUAAUAAUAUAUUUUCUUCGUACUGAUAUGAUGAUUACCCGAGAAAAAUUUUUUAUAUAUAAUCAUAUAAAAUUAUAUAUAACUCGAUUAUAUAUAAUCAUAUAUGAAAAA